AUGUCACUUUCCCGUGUUUCAUUCGUCUUGGUUUUGGCUUUGAUCAUUGGGGCCAACUGCCAAGACACAACUAAGCAAUUCACGCCAACUACAAUGCAACCAAUAAAGACUUCAGAGACAACCAUGCCCCCUUCUACUGUCUCGAGUAGCACUAGCAAUAAAGCGGAUCAGACAUCACAAACAAUGACAGGCUCGAGCACGAUGGGGACACCGAAGACAACCCAGCCAGUCAAGACUACCUCCUCAGGUCUCCCAUCAACCGGUUCCACACCUGUUAUAAGCGGUGCCCAUGGUCAUGGUCACGGUCAUGGUCACGGUCAUGGUCACGGUCAUGGUCAUGGUCACGGUCAUGGUCAUGGUCAUGUUCGUGGGGUUCAUGCUUGGUGA